AUGGCAGGUGCGGCGGACGGACGAGUGCGCGUCUAUCCCGUGCCAGGCAAGGGCACCUUGGCGCCCCACCCUUCUAUCCACCCCGAUGCACCUUCCGGACAAUACCACUUAGCGGCACGGCAACUAGGAGUCGUCGCCUCCUGCCCCCUCCUAAACCCUUAUGCGAGGAAUGCUCGUUCGCUCACGUGUCAGGGCGUGAAAAAGCGGGUGUUCCACCUUGCUCGGUGUUUUGCGGGAGGGGAGGGAAUUACCGGUGAACUGACUUGCCGGAAAGGAACGGGCGGAGUGUUAAUGGCAGACACGGAGAAGCAAUUACUCCCGCCUUUCAUCCUCAAUGUUGUUCUUUAA